CCACCUCCACUGCUGAAGAUCACAAUAUCCCUGAGAUUGCUGAAGACACUGCACCUGCCACCUCCACUGCUGAAGAUCACAAUAUCCCUGAGAUUGCUGAAGACACUGCACCUGCCACCUCCACUGCUGAAGAUCACAAUAUCCCUGAGAUUGCUGAAGACACUGCACCUGCCACCUCCACUGCUGAAGAUCACAAUAUCCCUGAGAUUGCUGAAGACACUGCACCUGCCACCUCCACUGCUGAAGAUCACAAUAUCCCUGAGAUUGCUGAAGACACUGCACCUGCCACCUCCACUGCUGAAGAUCACAACAUCCCUGAGAUUGCUGAAGACACUGCACCUGCCACCUCCACUGCUGAAGAUCACAACAUCCCUGAGAUUGCUGAAGACACUGCACCUGCCACCUCCACUGCUGAAGAUCACAACAUCCCUGAGAUUGCUGAAGACACUGCACCUGCCACCUGCACUGCUCAAGAUCACAAUAUCCCUGAGAUUGCUGAAGACACUGCACCUGCCACCUCCACUAUUCAAGAUCACAAUAUCCCCGAGAUUGCUGAAGACACUGCACCUGCCACCUGCACUGCUCAAGAUCACAAUAUCCCUGAGAUUGCUGAAGACACUGCACCUGCCACCUCCACUGCUGAAGAUCACAACAUCCCUGAGAUUGCUGAAGACACUGCACCUGCCACCUCCAUUGCUGAAGAUCACAACAUCCCUGAGAUUGCUGAAGACACUGCACCUGCCACCUCCACUGCUGAAGAUCACAAUAUCCCUGAGAUUGCUGAAGACACUACAUCAGUCACCACCACUGCUCAAGGUCACAGCAUCCCUAAAUUUGAAGAUGUGUCACCUGUCACCUCCAGUGCACCAGCACACAAUAUCCUGGAGAUUACAGGAAACACUACACCUGUCAUGGGUCCAUCAGAAACAUCAUCUGUCAUCUCCACUCCUCCAGACGGUACAGUUCCUGAGGAUCCAGCAAACGGUCCAUACAGUCCAUACACUACCCCAGCGUCUGUGUCCCCUCCUGGAGAGAUAAAGAAAGACUCAGUGGAAAGUGACUCUGUUUCUCUGAGCUGGGGAAGACCUGGCAAUAUUGAUGGGAUCCCACACAGCUUUUGCAUUACCUACUCUAGCUCUGAUGACAAUGACCAAGAUACGACCACUACUGCACCCUCUAAUUCCACUGUCAUCUCUAAGCUGAGGCCUGGGAGACAUUACAGCUUCACAGUCACCACAGUGCUGGAGAAUGCGACUCAGAGCACGCCUGUUUCAGCAUCUGUCUGUACAAAAUCGCAUCUAGAAGAUUUGCUGUGCAAGCUGGGACUGGAGAACUACUUCCCAGGCAAGAUUACGUUGAGUACUGUCCUUGAGAUCGGUACAGCGAGUAUUACAGAUGAACCGAUUCAGUCACUAAAAAAACUCCCCUGGUGCUUUCUGAAAAGACUCAUGAUGGUAAAUGUGACAGCUCGGAGUACCAGGUGCAGUGCUGCUGAGACAGAUACAGACUCGGCAUUGCAAGACCUUGAUAGUGUUCUUGAACUUAUGGGUAGUAAUGGUGAUCAAGACACAAAUAUAAUCAAUCCACUUGAUCUCAUCACAGCACUCUUUCUGUGCUCAGAUAGCUUCCUGCAGCAGGAAAUGAUGUUAAAAAUGUCGAUGUGCCAGUUUGCUGUACCUCUCUUGCUCCCUGACUGCAGCACCAGUCAGUGUACAUUAAUGCUGUGGGCCAUGCGAGACAUUGUGAAGAAGUUUAGACCCCGUUCAUUAAUUGACUCAAAAGGGUUUGUAGAAGACAGUAUAGUCAGCACUGCCAUGCCAGUGAUCUCUUUUGUCAGGCUGGGUGACUGCAGUUUAUCAAAGUCUCAGAUUCUGAAUCAGAUUCUCAGCAACCCCCAGCAGUACUAUGAUUUCUUUAUCCAUCAUGAUAUGGAAUGUGGAAAUGUCCCACGGAGAAUUGCAAACGGUCUAGUUGAAAUAUGUUGGUACCUUCCUUGUGGAAAGAACAACUUGGAUAUCUUUCCAGAACCUGUAGCUGUUGUCAACCUUCGUGGAGAUCUCCUUUCCUUUCAGAAUCAGUUUUCCAUUUUAUGUCAAACAUCCUCGGCAGUCUUCAUAUUUUUUGACAGUAUUGCGGAGAGCGAGUGCAAUCUCUUGUCCUCUGCAGGAAACAUUAAAGCCCAAUUGUUUUUGGUUGCAAAUUUUCCAAAUAAGACAGAGAAAAACAUAAACUCUCUGAAAGACUUGGCAUCAAAAUUAAAAUUAAGUGGAAGUCAGAUCCUAUUUAAGAAACAGCAGACCAAUGAUGCAGAAUUUGUGAUGAAACUGCGCUUAACUAUGAAUGAUAUCAUGGAAAACUGUCAACACAAAAUGACCAUUGAAGGCAUGUCUGCUGAAGCACAUGAAUUGGGGAUCUCUGUAGAUGAAGAUUGCACUGAAUGUCAGAAUGCUAAGAGAAGUGCUGCAGAAAUCACAUCUAGAAUCAAUGAUGUGGUGCGAUAUAAAGAGGAUCAGUUGCCAUUGCAAGGGAAGCUUUGGAAGGAGCUGGCUAAAAUAGAAAAGGAGGAGUGCAGGCUAUGGAAGGCAGGAGACAAGCCUAUUGAAGAAUAUAAAUACAAUCUGCAAAGUGAAAAACAGAAAGUGAGACAACAGCAAAUCAGUUAUAAUGUAUCUGCAGCAAUGGGAUGUUUCAUCACUGCCAUAUCAAAUGAAAGCAAAAAAGAACGAUCCUAUUUUCUAAAGUGGAUGAGAAUGAAUUUGGAUGUUAAAGCACGAAAGAAACUUUCUGAUCUUUGUGAUGAAUACAAAAAAAAGUGUUGCAAGUUGUCAGAGAACAAAGAGAUAAUUGCAGACCUGGAUAGACAAAUAUCAAACAGCUCUUUAGGAAUGGAACAUUUCAUGCGUGAGAUGGGGCAGCUUUAUGAAGCAGCGCGCUCCCUUCCUCCAAAUAAUGCAUAUCAUCGACAAUUUGAAGAUCUUCCAAGUUUGGGGGCAGAUCUGUUAUUGGAUGGCUUCCCUCUUGAGCUGGUGGAUGGAGAUGCAUCAAAUAUCCCUUUGAGGUGGGUGACUGAUGUUCUAACUGAACUCCAUGAGAAAGUCCAACACAAGAGCAGGCUGCUGGUUGUAACAGUGUUGGGAGUCCAAAGCACUGGGAAGUCUACCCUCCUCAACACAAUGUUUGGGGUUCAGUUUGCAGUUAGCAGUGGCAGGUGCACGAGAGGAGCCUUCAUGCUGUUAAUCAGAGUCAAAGAGGAUCUUAAAGAAGAACUGAACUGUGAUUUUAUCUUGGUAAUUGACACUGAAGGUCUGAAAUCUCCAGAACUGGCACAACUAGAAGACAGCUACGAACAUGACAAUGAGCUAGCAACACUGGUUGUAGGUUUGAGUGACAUCACCAUAAUAAACAUUGCAAUGGAGAACUCCACAGAGAUGAAGGAUAUCCUACAGAUCGUGGUGCAUGCCUUUCUUAGAAUGAAGGAAGUGGGAAAGAAACCAAACUGUCAGUUUGUGCACCAGAAUGUGGGGGACGUGUCUGCUCAUGACAACAAUGCAAGAGACAGGAAAAAGCUUCUAGAACAGCUGAAUGAGAUGACACAGGCAGCUGCCAGGAUGGAAAAGAAAGGAUUCAACAGACAAUUUACUGAUAUAAUGGAGUAUGAUGCAAAGAAAAAUAACUGGUACAUCCCAGGCCUGUGGCAUGGUAACCCUCCAAUGGCUCCAGUGAACACCGGCUACAGUGAGACUGUGUAUCAGUUCAAGAAGAGCUUGAUUGAGGUUUUGAAAAAUGCCAGCAAGCAAAAAGCUCCUGCACCAGUUACAGAGUUCCUGGAGUGGGUGGGGAGUUUGUGGAAAGCUGUUAAAUAUGAACAUUUCAUCUUCAGCUUCAGAAAUAGUCUAGUGGUUGAGGCUUACAGUAAUCUGUGUGUUGAAUAUAAUAAAUGGGAAUGGGACUUCCGGAAGCACAUGUAUAACUGGUUGGCAAAUGCCGAGACAAGGAUUUCUAACCUUCACUCCUCAAACUAUGAAGACUUUUCCAGCAGUUUAAAAGCUGAGGCAUCUGCCGAAUUGGUAAAGGAAGAAAAAAAAAUUCAGCAGAAUCUGACAGAUUAUUAUCAGAAAAAUAACGGCCAUGCUAAUCUUGUGGAAAAGCACAGAGAAGACUUUGUCAGCUGCAUUAAAAGUCUUAGGAGAGAAUUUGAAAGCUCCGUCAACAACAAAUGUGAGAACGCCAUUGCUAUACACAAAGGGAUGAAGAAAAUGUGCGAUAAUCGGGAAGAAUACACAGCAGUAAUUGAAGGGAAAGUACAGAGUUUACUUGAAACAUGUAGAGAGAGAAACAGUCCUUUAUCUGAUGAGGAGCUGCAGAAAGACUUCGAGGAAAUGUGGAAUCAGACAGUCUCUGAACUGAAGUUUCAAGCUUUAGAGACACAAGCUGUUGCAUCAGACAUACUGAAUCAAUUGAGAAUGAAUUUAGAAAGGCACGGUAGUCAGGUUCAGAACGAAUUAAGUGAGGUGGAAGAUUUGACUGACUGUGGGAAAGAACACUUCAUUGCACAGGCGCAGCACUUUGAAAGCUCAGACUACCAGAAAACGAAAGAGCAGCCGUCCAUGAAGCUGUUCAAAAGACAACCUCAACAGUGUUUAGGAAAAGAAUUGGAAAACAAAGCAACUGAGAAGGCAAGUGCAAUAAUAGAAAAUUGUAGGCAGUUUGUUACAAAUAAAGCACAGAGUAAAACCGAUUACCGUGAUAUAUAUACAAUGGAGUUGCUGCAAAUGAUAGACAAAGAGUUGAAAAAUGAAGAGACUCUGAAGACCAACGGCCAAUUUGAACUCGAUCUAAAGAUCCUCAUCUGUGGCUACGCUGCCAGGGAGUUUCAGAAGAUGCAUGAGGAUUUCAAUGAAGAAAAUGACCCUAAGAAAGCUCUGGAAAAAUGUAGACCUAAGUACUGUUCAAACUUCAUAGAUCUUUACCAUGAAAAGGAUCAGUGCCGAAAAAUGGCUGAAGAAUUCACUGAGCGCUGCCUGAAGCCUGCAGUGAGGGAGUAUAUCAACAAAGCCCUUGGGAUAGACAUUGUAGAUGAAAUGUUGACCGGUGCACAAUCUGUGAAAUACAGCUCCCGGUCGUUUUUCCAAUUCUCCACAUUAAAGCAGAUUCUGAAUGAAGAUAAUUUUGGAAUCUAUGUGGAGUACAUUAAAAACUACGAACGUUUCGUAAAAGGCUGGAUAUCGGAUCAGAUUGUUGAGAGUCUUUCAAAAGAUGCUAAGAUUGGGGAUUUAGAAGCCAAACGUCUUGAAACAAUAACAACAAAAAUUCAAGCAGCUAUUGAAAAUGCACAGAAAGAAACGGCUGAAAGCCAAACCUCGUCAAUGUUUAUUAAGAUGAUCUGCAGGAAUCUGAAUAAGGACCUUGUGAUCUGUAGGGAAGAGUUAGGAGCAGUGCUGUUUCUAAAGAAUUCAAACCAUAAGGAGUUUGCUAAAUAUCUCCAGGUUCUUGUGAAUAAACUGACAGGUACUCUAAGAGCUGAAUUUUCUCAAGAAUGUGAUGUUGAGAAGAAACUUAUCAAUCUGUCAUUGAAGCCUCAGGACGAGCUGUUCAAGAGGGUGUUUGGUUGUGGAAAGCUGUGUCCGUUCUGCAAGGUCCCCUGUGAGGCAGGAGGCCAGGACCACAAAGAACACCACGCGUCAGUGCAUCGACCACAAGGACUGGGGAGAUACAGAUAUGUAACCAAUGAGAAACUAUGUGCAAGUUUAUGCUCAACUGAUGUGCAUAGUAAUCAGACAUUUGAGAAUAGUGACACAGAGUGGAAGCCUCAUCCCUAUAAAGACUAUCGGAGAUUCUACCCUGACUGGAACAUUCCCCCAGAUCCCAGUAUCGAAGCCUCUGACUACUGGAAGUAUGUGCUGACUACAUUUAAUAAAGAAAUUGCAGCGGAGUACAAGGCAAAGCCUGCUGACGUCCCAGCAGAAUGGAAAAAAAUAACAAAAACAAAUGCAAUGGAAAGUCUGAAGAAGUUGUUCAAUGUUAAAGCAUAAGCUGCCCAACCUGCAGCUAAAUACAAUGCUAAUAUCACUGGAAUGAAAGGAGCUUUUAUUUGUGGGCACAAAGAUGCCUCCUAACCUUUUCUGAUAGCAAUAAAUAAAUACAUUUUAAUGUAAGAUUUUUUUUUUAAAAAGUCAGUAUGUUUUCUUGGUUUAUUUUCUCUGGGAUAUGAAAAGAUAUUUCUCAAAACAGACUUAUUUAACCACAUCUCAAAUUGUAUGUGUAAAAUAAUUUGCCAUGAUGAAAUCAGCUUUAGCAGCAAUACUAGACAGGUUGUGCUUUUUGCAAUUCAUGAUUGUGUGAUUGGUAAAGCUUUCUAUGCUCCAAGCAUGAUAUCAUUUACUUUUAUACAAAGGAAAAUACAUUUCUGUAUCAAGUAAAAGUUUAAUUUAGUUUUUUUUUCUCUUUCCUGUUUUCCUAAUAGAUAAACAAUGUACUUGAACACCUUUGAUAUGUGUGGGAUUUGAUAAACAGCUGAUGUUUGUGAGGGGGUUUCUUGUAAAAUGAAUCAUUAGUUCAUUCUAGUUUCUGUGCUAUGCUCACGCUCUUGAUUUCCAAUUCCUAUCGCAUUUAAAAAUAAAGUUUAGCUAAAUUUAAAACAAGUGUGCUUUCUCUUAAUCUAAAAACCUCAAUGUGAAAAUCCUGGACUCCCUUAUGUUAGUUCAGGUGGGGUCGUCCGAGAUUACUGCUAAUCAGGGUCUGUGAAACCAGAUGCAUAUAGUGGGUUAGGAUUCAACGUCACAUUUAUAAAACACUACAAAUAUUAAUGUCAUUGGACAAUGCCCUUAUCUUAAUUAUCUUAAGAAUCACUGAAUACAUUUGUGUAGUGUGAAGCGAACAUUUCAAAGUUUUAGGGCUAUAUAAUCUGGAAUCAAAUUAAAGUCACAUGACCACAAGGUGAAGGGUACUGUUCGAUUUUUCCAGAGGGGUUGCAAUAGGGUUGUGACAAAUUAAUAAAUUACCAGCAUUUAGCAAGCAGGU